GAGCUCAGGCACAUUUGGAGCUCAUUACACAUCUACAGAAGGAAUGUUCCCUGAGCCAGACUAUGAGAUUUUAGGAGUUGACUGUCCAGUUAGUUCAGGAGGAGAGCAGGUCAAAGAAGGAGUGAAUGAACCUGCGUAAAGAUUGGUUCGAUUGAAUAGCAUUUUCAUUAUAAAAUGGAUAUCAAGCCAGUAUUAAGGAGAUUUGGCUCUCUGGUCCGGGCCAUUCUCACAUUUCUCUUUGCUCUUCUGGUACUUGGGGUGAUGUUAUGGGCAUACAUCGAUGGUUUCCAGAUAGCCACAUCUCCAUACAACAUCAUUUCAUUAGGUUUCUAUGGAGUGCUGCUCAGCCUCCAUGUCCUAAUUCAGAGCUUCUUUGCCUUUGUGGAGCAUAGACGCAUGAAUGCCAGACGCAAACCAUGCUCUUACACAAAAACCAUCGGCUUUACUAUAUCAGCCUAUCAGGAGGACCCUGCUUAUCUUCGUGAGUGCCUUCAGUCAGUACGGGCGCUGCAGUACCCAUCUGAGCUGCUACGCAUCAUCAUGGUGGUGGAUGGGAACUCAGAUGAUGACCGCUACAUGAUGGAGAUGUUCUGUGAGGUCUUUGCAGACCAGGAUCCUGGCUCUUAUAUAUGGCAAAACAACUAUCACUCCUGGAACCCCACUAGCCAAGACAAGGAUGCAGCUGAAUCUGAUGCUCCAGAAGCAGAAACUUAUGCUCCAGAAGCAGUCGACGGAGUUAUGUUUGAAGACACUCAGCGCUUAGAGGUUGAAGAACUCAUCAGGACCAAGAAGUGUGUGUGCAUCAUGCAGAAAUGGGGAGGAAAGAGGGAAGUGAUGUAUACAGCAUUCAAGGCACUAGGAUCCUCUGUAGAUUAUAUACAGGUAUGUGAUUCGGACACAAAAUUAGAUCCCCUGGCCACAGCUGAGCUCUGCAAGGUGCUGGAGAGCAACCAGAAAUACGGCGCCGUGGGAGGCGAUGUGAUGAUCCUUAACCUCAAAGACUCCUAUAUCAGCUUCAUGAGCAGCCUGCGCUACUGGAUGGCAUUUAACAUUGAGAGGUCCUGCCAGUCCUUCUUCGACUGCGUCUCCUGUAUCAGCGGCCCCUUAGGUCUUUAUAGGAAUGACCUGCUGCAGCAGUUUCUGGAAUCCUGGUACAACCAGAAAUUUCUUGGCACCCACUGUACUUUCGGGGAUGAUCGUCAUCUCACUAAUCGAAUGCUAAGCAUGGGCUAUGCUACAAAGUACACUGCCCGUUCAAAGUGCUACACGGAGACUCCUGCCCAGUCUCUGCGCUGGCUCAAUCAGCAGACGCGUUGGACCAAAUCCUACUUUCGUGAAUGGCUCUAUAAUGCUAUGUGGUGGCACAAGCAUCACCUGUGGAUGACCUAUGAAUCCAUUGUGUCAGGCAUCUUUCCUUUUUUUGUCACUGCCACCAUUAUCAAGCUCUUCUGGACAGGCACUCUGUGGGACAUUUUGUGGGUCUUGUGCUGCAUCCAGUUGAUUGGACUGGUAAAGGCAACAUAUGCCUGCAUCCUACGACAGAAAGCAGUGAUGCUCUUCAUGUCCUUAUACUCUGCCCUCUAUAUGACUAGCCUCCUGCCUGCAAAAUACUUUGCCAUUAUCACCAUGAACAAAAGCAGCUGGGGGACAUCGGGCCGUCGUAAAAUGGUGGGGAAUUAUAUCCCCCUGGUACCUCUAUCAGUGUGGGCUGCCAUUUUGUUGGGAGGCCUGGUGUACACAAUCUACAGGGAAAGCAAAAUGGACUGGACAACAGAUGGAAAGAAAGAGGAGAUCAAGUUUUUGAUAUUUGGAGCUACAGCUUAUGUGUGCUACUGGCUGGUAAUGAUCUGCCUCUAUUGGAUGUGGUUUCGGAGAUUAUUCCGAAAACGCUCACAGAGUUACACUGUGAAUGUAUAAGACAAUUAUUUGGGCACAUUUUUUAUUUAUUAAAGAACACUUGUUUUUUCUUUUCUAAAUGGUUUACAUGCAAUUUUAUUUAUGGACUGUUUUUAAACUUGCAAUUGUAUUUAUGAUUUAUUUUAAUAUUGCACAUAAUGUAUGCAAUUUACGAUGUCCACUAAGUAUUCAGAGAUUGGGAAUGACUUGAAACAACCAGUCUUUAUCAAAUAUAAUGACUACAUGAAAUGUGCAGAAAGCAUGCAUACAGAGUCAAAAUUGAUGCUGUAGGUUUUUUAAUUCAACAAACAUAGCAUUGAACCCAAAUAAUACAAAUAUGUUAUUAUUAGUGAGAGAAUUUCCACUGGUUACAGUACCUGGUACUUUUUUUAGUACCACCUUGGUUGGGGUUCCAAAUGAACCGUUACCAAAACAUGAUGUGUAAACACUACUGAUCAUGGAUUUGCAGGAGAGAAUCGUCACUACCUGCAUCACUGAACUUGCGACCUGUUUUUAUAGAGCAUGGCUAUUCAAAUCUUGCCCUGAAGGGCCAAUGCGGUGCAGAGUUUGGAUCCAACCCUGAUCAAAGUCACCUGCCUGUGAUUUUCUAAUGAUCCCAAAAACAUUGAUUAGCAUGCUCAGGUGUGUUUGACUAGGGUUGGAGCCAAACUCUGCACCGCAUUGGCCCUCCAGGGCAAGAUUUGUAUAGCCCUAUUAUAGAGUCUCAUAGACAUGUACACUGGUGUAUAUGUCUAUGAUACAGUCUAUGCUUGCGAUACAAACAUAAAAUAAGUGCUAGAUUGAAAUCAGAACAGCCAGCGAAGGAGCUAAAGCAACUAUUUUGAAUGAGCGCUCCUUUUUUAACAACCCAAAAAUGGCAGUUUCGUUGACUCUUGAGGAAGUACAGACAUUCCUCUCUCUGAUAGCAGAGGACUGGAUCCAGAGAGAGCUUGAUGGGGCGACGUGGAAAUUACAAAGUUUUUCACGAUUGGUGGCAGUAGUAGGCGGCACAACUAUAACGACGUGAACAAUCCCGCCAAAUCUAAUGUAGUAAUAAACUGCAGUGGAAACGUCUUACCACGCUGUGGAAAAGCGCCAUAAGACAUACUGUUACAACACAUUAUUUGUAGAACAUAAAUAGAUACAGCACUGAUCAUGUGAUGUUGAUGAUAUUUUAGCAUCUGUCAUCAUCAAAAUGACUACUAACACAAAUAUGGCAAAUAUUUCAUGAGAAAACUGUGCAGGUAUUUCUAAAUGUGUUUUGUGAUGUGUAUUGAUUUAAAAUACAUUUUAAUGCUUUCUAAUGUAACUUGACAGGGUAUUUUAUGUCGUCAUUUCAAAUAUUGUGUAAAUGUGAAGUUACAAAUGUGUGUUAUUUAAAUAAUACAAGGGAUUCAAUAAAUUGUUUUUAAA